AUGUGCCAUCUCCAAUCCCCCAGCUGCUUUGGCAUCGCUUUUGAGAAUCUGCCUAAAGUGAAUGCCCCGUGUCCUGCCUGCCUGUCAUGUCCCGGCUGCUUCCAUCCGUCAUCUCCCAAUCGCCAUCGCCAGGAGCGUAAAGACGCGAUCUGGGCAGCAAGCAAUGAGUUGGCAGCGUCGGUGGGAGGAAGCAUCCCGGAAGAUGCACGAGGGGACCUCCUUGCUGAGGUGGCGAACCUGGUGGAAUCUCCCGUGCCGCUUCUAGGAAGCUUCGACCGCAGCUUCCUAGACCUGCCGCCCGAGGUGCUGGUGAUGGUGAUGAGGAAGCAUCAGAGGUACUUCCCGGUGCAGGACGCAGCUUCCGGGAAGCUUCUCCCGUACUUUGUGGCGGUGCCGAACGGGCGGCUGGACGAAGCUGCAGUGCGGGCCGGCAACGAGUCGGUGCUGCGCGCCCGCUACGAGGAUGCACGUUUCUUCUACAACAGCGACACAGCGCACCCUCUGGAGUCCUUCCGGGAGAAGCUCAAGGGCAUCACCUUCCAGGCGAAGCUGGGUUCCAUGUUGGACAAGAGCGAGCGCAUCGAGGCCAUCACGCCACUCCUCUGCACCGCUCUGCACCUCUCUCCAUCAGACUUUGCCGCGGCGCAGCAGGCAGCGCGGCUGUGCAUGGCGGACCUUGGGACUGCCGUGGUGAUGGAGUUUACUGGACUGGCUGGAAUCAUGGGGCGGCACUACGCAGAGAGAGAAGGUUUGGGAGAGGAGGUGAGCAGGGCAAUUUUCGAGUGUGUGCUGCCGCGGUCAGCAGGCGACCAGCUGCCCACCACAGCCCCUGGCCUCGUGCUCUCCCUCGCCACCAGCCCUGCAGGCAGCUGCGCCCGUGCAGCCCGUGCAGUCACCCCCGCCACACAGGAGCAGCCAUCACUAGCAUACUCUCGCCGCGACCUACGCCGUCGCCGCCGUUCCCCUCCCCCUCCCGCCGCGAUUACGCCUUCCUCGCCUGCGGAUACCACCGCCGCGAGCGCAACGCCGCUGUCCCCUCCUCCCCCCCGCCGCGACCCCCUGUCGCCGCCUCCCCCUCUCGCCGCCGCGCCUGAUUCGGCGCCGCCUGCGCAUCCCGCCGCCGCGACGCCUCGUCGCCGCCUGCCCGUCCCUCCGCCGCGACGUCACGUCGCCGCGUUCCCGCCGCCGCGCCUGCUACGGCGCCGCCUGCGCAUCCUGCCGCCGCGACGCCUCGUCGCCGCCUGCCCGUCCCUCCGCCGCGACGUCUCGUCGUCGCGUUCCCGCCGCCGCGCCUGCUUCAGCGCCGCCUGCGCAUCCUGCCGCCGCGACGCCUCGUCGCCGCCUGCCCGUCCCUCCGCCGCGACGUCACGUCGCCGCCUCCCCUUCCCGCCGCCGCGCCUGCUUCGGCGCCGUCUGCCCGUCCCGCCGCCGCGACAGCUCGUCGCCCCCUGCCCGUCCCGCCGCCGCGACCUAACAUCGCCGCCUGCGCAUUCCGCCACCGCGACAGCUCGUCGCCCCCCUGCCCGUCCCGCCGCCGCGACCUAA